GGGCGGGGCGGGACGCGCAGCUUAAGGCGCCGGGUCGGGGCUACACCCGCGGUGUCGGCGACAACGAGCUGGGGGUUUCGGCUCGAUGCACUGUGCCAGAGUGUUAGACUAUUUUCCUCACAAACAAGCAAUGGCUGUGGAUGUAGCAAUGCAGCUGUACCUGUGCUCUUCACCCUUGCGAAGAGAGAAGUGUGCCUGCAAAAUAGCUCCAAAGCCAAGCAAGCCCCUGCGGCCCUGCAUCCAGCUGAGCAGCAAGACUGUGCUGAAUGGACCAGAAGAGGCAGCAAACUCCUUCACACACAACAAAGUGAAGAAGAGGGUGUCAUUUGCAGACAGCAGAGGCUUCGCUCUGACGAUGGUGAAGGUGUUCUCAGAGUUUGAAGAUCCGCUAGAUAUUCCUUUCAACAUCACUGAGCUGAUAGACAACAUCGUGGGUCUGACAACAGCGGAGAAGGACAGAUUUGUCCUGGAUUUUGUUCAGCCCUCCGUGGACUAUCUGGACUUCAGAAACCGCCUGCAGAUGGACUGUGUCUGCCUUGAAAACUGUGUGCUAAAGGAGAGAUCCAUUGUGGGAACUGUGAAGGUGAAGAACAUAGCUUUUGAAAAGACUGUGAAGAUCAGGAUGACAUUUGACACCUGGAAAAACUUUGUAGAUUACCCAUGCAAAUAUGUCAAGGAUACGUAUGGAGGGUCAGAUCGGGACACUUUUUCCUUUGACAUCAGCUUCCCUGAGGUAAUUCAGUCCCACGAAAGAGUUGAGUUUGCCAUCUCCUUUGAGUGCAAUGGGCAUGUGUACUGGGACAGCAACAAGGGCACUAAUUACAGGAUCAUACGGCCAGAACUGAAGUCUGCCCAGGAAGCCAUCCAUCCCCCACAGGGCCCUGACUUUGCCAGUGCCUUCGACCAGUUUGGUAGCCCUCUCUGCUCCUAUGGCCUCUUUGCUGAGUGGCCCAGCUAUUCAGGCUAUGAGAAGCUGGGGCCUUACUACUGACCCAAGGACCAAGUCCUACCUGACUUAACUGUUGCUGGCGUGUCCGCAGGCCUGGGAGCCCAUCUGAACCUGAGGUGUAAGGAAGGGGAGAAGUAUGGCUCCAUGCAGCUCUGCAUAAGCCUUCCAGCAAAACCAGAUGUGCAGCACUCUGCUGGCAGUGGGCUUAUAGUCAGGGAAGCAUUUCUGGCAUAAAAGAGCUGCCUUCCCUGCCAAAACUAGGAUAACUGGUGCUCUGGAUGCUCAAAGGACCAGGAGCAACAAUAGCUCCUAUUAUGUCUCUUCAGUGCUGCUACUCCUUCUGUGAAGCUGCUAGUCUCCAGAGAAACACUACAGUGCUUAUAUUGUGUGUCCAAGCUAUGUAGUGGUGGCUGGUUUGUAUUGCUUGCCUAGUGUUAAAAGGCUUUUUCAAAAUAUGUUCUAGUAUUGUAUUUUCAGUGGGCUGUAUUUGAGCUGCAGGGAUCUUCUUGCAAAGCUGGCCUGUGCCUGGUGGGGAAAGGAACCUUGCACCUGACCUGGUAGUGUGAGGGCCUUCCUACUGCAGGUGAAAGAGUGUUUUGGAAAUGAAAAUGCAACUGCAAUGACAGGAAAUGUGACCCUACAGCCUGCUGUAUUAGGAGAUGUAUGUGCCUGUGGGAGAGGAUCUGAUAUGCUUAGUCACCAGUUGUUGUAUCAGCUGAUCUUGAAAAACUCUUGUUAUACACUUGUUACCAAAAAUAGAGAUUAGCUGUGCAGUGUUUGUAACACAGCUGUGGGUUGACAGCCCUGGCGGCCUUCUUCAAAACCUUCAUGUUUCUUUGUCAUAUGUGAUUAACUUUUUUUUUCCUCUUGAUGGACACCUGAAGUCAGAGGUUGGCCAUGCUGGGUCCUGAAAAUGCAGUUCUUCCUCCUGUGGACUGUAAAACAGGGUUUAGUCCAGCUGGGGCCCAGAGUCCUGAGCAGGAGACUGUGCUUGGGUGUUCUGGGAGGUAAAUGCAAAUGGACCACUUGGCUACUCUGUGCUGUGUCCUUGGAAAGGUGACUCUUGUGUACCUACUGUGGUAGAAGUGCCUUGACUGAGAAAGGGGUGGUAUGUGUGAACCCAGCAAUGCUUGGGGAUGAACAGGCUUUGGAAAUUGCAUGGAUUUUAAAAAUCUCCUAAUGGCUUGUUACUGUGUGCUAUGGACUGCUUGGCAGCUAAUGGUGUGGCACUGCUCAGGUGUGAGGAUGCUGUACAUUGACAUGCUGGGCUUUCCCUUGCUGUUGUAGCAGUAGCUGCCAUUCCAGCCUGUAAAUGCCCAAACUUGACAUCUUUGUGUCCAUGAGAAGCUGCUAACCCCACCUUUGCAAAGAACUAGUUAUGAUAGGUGGGGUUAUCCUGACACCACUCCUGGGUGUGAAACAAAUCACAGAUGUGAGCCAUCCCUGCCUUCAGAGAGGUGGCUUUGUCUCCUGGGCCUGUGCUGAGGUGAGGGGGCCAGUUUGUGCAGUGCCAAACAGCCUCAUGAAGCUUCUUGCUUGCUAGUUGAGCAGAAUAACUUAAUCCCUCAGCUCAAAGGGAGAGUGCCAAAUAGUUUGUAGAAAUAGAGGUCAAGGGAAUCUUAUUUUUAUAGUGCAUAAGCUUUAUAUAAUUUUUUUUUGGUGCCUAUAACAGCCUAUGGAUGGGCUGGAGAGAAGCAAUGGGCUAGACUACUUAACAUUUUAAACCUAGUUUUUAAUUCUGGAGACUACCAUAUGAAAUACUUACAAACUGUUUUACCCUAACCUAGAAGGGAUCCUAUGAUCACAGUUCAAUGCUGAAAGGGACAAGAGCUUGCAGAAAAGUAGCUAGCCUUCAACUCCUGCUUUUUCAAAACCCGACAGCAAUGCAUAUCACCACUUUGCUUGAUCACUUAGUUGAGGUCGGAAGUCUGCUUGCUAGCCCAGAGCUCAUCAGGCUUGGUUCCUCUGUUCAAACAGGUUUCUGAGUCAGCAGUUACCACCUGCAUCUGGUCUCUCUCAAAGGGACUGUUGCCUAGCUUGGCUGGAACCUGGUUUUAAACAUAAAGCAAACCUGAGUGACACCUAUUUUUUUUUUUUUUUUUUAGUUUAUGGUGUUAAUACUAUAAGACACUGACUGUAGAAAAGUUGUGUUCUCCUGGCAUGUUCUCAUGCCCAGGGAGAGCAUUUUGUGAGCUGAAACAAGGCAUGUAUGUCUGGGGUGCUGUGGAGGGUGGUAUCUCCUUAUGGGGCCUGUUUGUUUUCAGGUUGUGCAGGGGGUGUGCUUAGGGAGGAACAUGGAAGAUAAGCUAGAAGAGCAAUGCCAUAAGUAGAAGCUAGGCUGGGAAAUGACUAGUCAAAUAGCAGUUUAAAAAUACUACUUGUGGCCUUUCCCCUUUUCCCUUUUUCCUUUGCCAAUGUGAACAUAGAAGUGGGGGGUUGCUCUCCUCACUCUGUGCCUGAAAGUGCCUUGUGGGGUGUUUUGCAUGUUUGUUUUUAAAAGAUAUUUUUGUACACAACACUCAAGUGGAAAAUGCACUUUAUAAAUUGCCAUGUAAUGCCUCUUUUAAAACUUUGGUUUUGUUUUUAUCUGAUUGUUAAAAUAAAGGUGGAACAAAAUGUUA